CAUCUUUUAUUAUCCAGAUUGAUUGUGUUUGGUUGCUUCCUUCAGCUGUCUGCCUCACUACCAUUUUCUUUUCCCGAUGGUAGUAGAAGCGUUUCCUCCUCCAGUACAUCCACUGGGAAUCGACGGCAGGAAGCAUUCGAAGGACGAAGCAUACGUGGGAACGAUGACGGACGAAAAAAUCAGUUCCCCGACAUUUACAGCCGCUAUCAGGUGCAUGAGAACGAUCCCGAUCCACCAGGCGUGAGACCCACCGUAGGUCCGUUUCUUAAUCGGCCUGCUUCGAUCACGCCUCCUCCGCCACGCUACACGACGAAAUCGGAUCGUCCAAAUGCUGCCUACAACCGUUUGCCGCCAUCGAAAAACGAUGAACCAAUUCAGGCCGAACCGGCCAUCGAUUAUGACGAUGGGGACGAUGAUGAUGUAGGUGAGGAAGAGGAACAACCGGACAAACCGGUGGUCGCAGCAUCUGCUCCAUUCAACAGACCCUCAAUCGUUGGUGGUGGUGGUGGUGGAGUUGCCUCCAACACGGUGAACAAUCUGUUUUAUGGUUUCAACGACAAGUUUGGAGGUUUAACCGAUGGACUCACCUCACUGUUUGGCGAAAACAGACACAAGUUCAAGUACAAGCGACGAAAACCGGGCCAACCCUGCAUUCCCUACAGCUUAUUCCACAAGCUGAAAUAUGGCCGUGAUCUGCAGGGAAAUCCGGUUGAUCCGAAAACGCUUCUACCACACCUGAAUUUAGUUCUGGCAGAUGUAAACUAUUUCGCGCCAAACAAUAACUACGGUGGUGGCGAUCAUGCGGCAGACACCGGAACUGGUGGAGCUGUGUUUAAUAACCACUAUUACGACGCCGUUGGUGGAUAUCCUUGCCAGGGCAUAUCCUUUGGUGGUGGAGCACCCCAUAGACCUUUCAAACCGCAUCGACCGCACGGUGGCCCGCUCGGAUUUUUCGGCCAGGGCGGUCUGUUCGAUUGGGUAUCGUCGGCGGAUCAGGUACAAGGUGACGAAGGUGUCGGAGGGACGGGUGGUACGAGUGGCAACCGGCCUACCGUGGUGUUUAACCUGAACGAUGCAAUUGACAGUGUGGCUACUAACUGGAAACCGGGAGAGGGUUUCCAGAUGAUGAUGGGAGUCAUAGCGAACUUUAUCACCCAGGUAGCAGGUGGAGCGGCAGCCCCCGUAGCGGACGCGGCGUCUGAUGUGCGCAAGAUCAAUCGCGAAUUCUUCAGUCUGUUUGGUUGA